AUGGCGACGGUGAUGAGGAGAACGCGAGACCGCGAGAUGGAGGUGGAGAACAUCGCUCCUCAAGGCGGUGAGAGCACCGAAGGCGACACAGAGGAAAUGGACGAGAGCAAGGACCCAAUGGAGGAGAGUGGCGGUACAGUGUCCGACGAAGAAGACGGGAUCGACCACGAGGUACUCGACGACAUGGAGCGCUUCGAGCAGAGCUUCAAGAACAUCAGCCAGCGUUAUCGACUCAUUAACCGCAUCGGCGAAGGCACCUUCUCGACUGUAUACAAAGCCGAGGACCUCUUAUACGAGCACUACGAUAACAGAUGGGACGUGGACGCCGACAAGGAGAAUGCGAACAGCAGCUCUUCGUUGCAGAAGCAAGCUUUGAACCGCCAGCAGAGACCGAAGUAUGUCGCCAUUAAGAAGAUCUACGUCACCUCAUCGCCGCUUCGCAUUCUGAACGAACUGGAGCUGCUGAAAGACCUUCGCAAUGCUCCGAACGUCUGCCCUCUCAUCACAGCUUUCCGUCAUCAGGAUCAAGUCAUCGCUAUCCUGCCAUACUUCCAACACAAGGACUUCCGCGAGUACUAUCGCGACUUCACCAUCUCCGAGAUGAAGGUGUACUUCCAGAGUCUCUUCUUGGCUCUGGAAGCCGUCCACCACUGCGACAUCGUGCACCGAGACAUCAAGCCCACCAACUUCCUCUACUCACCAGCUCAGCAGCGUGGAGUGCUUGUCGACUUCGGGUUAGCAGAGCGAGAAGGUACGGACUACCACCACUGUGCCUGCUGCAUGGAGACGCCCGACCGGACCCGUAAGAUUCAAUCGUCGGUGUACGCUGCUACUGUCUCCGCCGCACGCGCAGCUGGCCAGCCCGUGCCCCCACCCAGCUACCCGAACAAUGACCAGCGCUCGUCUCGUCGGGCCAACAGAGCCGGCACACGUGGCUUCCGCGCACCAGAAGUUUUACUCAAGUGCACGGCACAGACCACCCGCAUCGACGUCUGGUCAUGCGGCAUCAUCCUACUCACUUUCCUGAGCAAGCGCUUCCCCUUCUUCCACUCCGCCGACGACAUAGACGCCUUCCUCGAACUCUGCUGUAUCUUCGGCAAGAAACGGAUGAAGGACUGCGCUCUGCUGCACGGCCAGAUCAUGCAGACGAAUCUACCCACACUCAGUGAGAACGGGCAUGGUUGGGAGAAGAUCCUGCUGUGGUGCACGAAUCGCAACAGGAGGGAGACUGGUAGCGACGGAAGGCUCACUUUAGAGGAGCGAGAGGCUAUCGACUUCAUGGACCGCUGUCUUGCGCUGGAUCCUGCUAAGAGGAUGGAUGCUUCGCAGGCGCUGGACCAUCCGUUCCUGGCUGGUGUGGGUGGAAGUCCGAUGACUUACCAUCGAACCUUGUGUCAUAACUCACCAUUCAAUGCCAAAACAAUGGAAGCCGCCCCACCCUCCUACGAGAAAGCCACCAUAGUCGACUACUGGGACCUCGUAGCCCGCUACAUCCCCUCCAGCGACCUCUGUUCCGCCGCCCUGGUCUGCAGCAGAUGGCACUCGACCUUCGCGCCCCAUCUCUGGGGCAAUCCGGCCUCUCACUUCGGUAUCGAGAAUGACCGCGUCUACGUCGCUUUGACGAAGUUCAAGCGGACUCUUCAAACUGCUCGACUGCUUGUUCGUGCUAUGACGCAUACGCUCCAUCUACCACCGGCGCACGCGGAGAUUUAUAAUGGACCGCAUGCGGAUUGGCUCAGGGAUAUCCUGGAGCGGCUGCCGAAUUUGCAGUCGUUGAUUGUGAGAGGGUUGCCGUUCUUCGACCACUCGGCGCUAUGGGCGCUGAAGUAUAAUCCUCCUAAGCCGGAGGCUAACGAUGGACUGCCUGCUGGUGUGUUUGAGAUGCCAGGCUCCAUCGGACGGAGUUUUCAGCGUCCUAGCGAUUUUGUGCCAUCUUUUGGUCUGCGGCUGCUGGACGCCUCUCGGUGCCCGAACGUUACUUCAAGCAGUUUUGCCCAGGCUUUGGCACGGUUUGAGAACCUGUUGUACGUGGACCUGUCGUACACGCCUCCGGCGCGGGACCCAGCUGUGCUGAAGACUUUGAGGAAGUUCACCGGGCUUCAGGUGCUUAAACUUCGAGGCAUUGGCCUGACUGAUGACGGCCUGAGCAUCGUGAGCGACGCCAUCGGUCGGAGAGUGAGGUCAUUGGACGUCAGAGACAACCACAUUACGGACAGAGGAGUACGACUGCUUCUCGAUGACUGCUUCAUCGUGGCUGGUGUCGGUAAUAGCGAUCCAGGAUCCGGACAACGAUCACCAUCUCUUCUGCCUUACAUGGGUGCUGAGAUGCUUGAGAUCUACCAAGGCGAAGAGCUUGAGAGCUUCCUUCGCAACGCUUUCACGGGGAGGUUCGUUGGUCGACUUGCCAUUGAAGAUGCCCCAGAGGGUGGUAUCACGCACCUUUACGUGACAGGCAAUCAGCUGAGUGUGGAAGGCGUCUCUGGACUGGUGAGGUCGGGCCGGCUGCAUGUGCUUGAUGUGGAGUCAGUCACAUGCGGCAUGACAAGGCAUCUCUCCAACGCCGGCCGGGAUCUGGACGAGUCGAGCACUGCCAUGCCAGGGGUAGAGAAGCUUACGCCGAUGCUCUCUAAGCAUGCGACAGACGCCAUGACCUUUCUCCGGAUCGACCAUGGCCUCAUCACAAAGGAUGCUCCCAACCUGGAUCCUGAUGGAGUCGUACAAGGCCGUGCUGAGCUGGGUGACACGCCCUUACCAGACCUUCCAAGGUAUGCUGCUGAGCUUGAUUCGAGACCAGUGCAUCCCGAAGUAUUUGAGAUGCCGGACGCACAGACUCCGACGUAUGAGCUGCCGGGCGAUCCUCUGCGGUUCGUUGUUUCUCCCGCAGUGAACGACCCACAGCAUGGGAACGAGCAAGACGAUGUGCCUGCACCCGGUCCUAGGAGAGGAAGUGUCUUCGCGCCAGAAGUGGUGGACACCUUGACCGCCGAGACCGAAAGGAUGGAGCUUCUGAGUCCUGUGUCUACGUUGGGAGAGGGCACGCUAAUGGCAAACGAUGGUUCCAUGUCUCCAAUGUCUCCUGUCCGGUCUCCUUCAUCAGCAUCGCCUGGGAUGAUGCACGCCUCAGAACCCUCGCUGCGGCCUAGAACGUACUCCUCGGUGGUCGACGAACGCAAAGCCCGCCUCAAUGCUCACAAAGCCAAUCGGCGUAACCUGCAUCCAGCCAUGCUCCCGCAUGUGCGCACGCUUGUCCUGACGGAUGUACCACCAUUUGCGCCAAGCAAGGAGCUCGCUGACCGUCUGAUAUGCUUCAUCCGCCAAUGUGCUGCAGAAGCGUGGCUGGCCAAAAGACAGGCGGAUCUCGAUUACUCUCUCCCCCCAGGUCGUCGCGGACAUGCUACAGCACUGAAGCAGUCUGCCGAAAAGGUCUUUGCGCUGAAGCGCCUCGUACUCGAGCUGGCACCUGAAAGAGGCACAAGGCGAAGCAGCAAGGCAAGCCCUUGGGCGCACAACUCCACCAAAUCUAUGACUGAGGACCGCGACAGCGAGGCGCUGUGGUCGGCAGCUGAGACCGACUUCAGUUUCUUUGGCGACGAGGACUACAGCUUCCCGAGUUUGGAGUCUGGACGCUUUGCUCAUGCUCGAUCGAACGAGAAGGAAGUGAGCUUUGGAGGCGCUGGUCCACAGCAGGCGUACAAUGUCAGGCAGAGAGCGCCUGUGGUGCCGAGAUUCGACACUGUCGCUCUUCUGUCUGCUUUCCGCAAAGAGAGAAAGCUCGCACACCAGCGCAGCCUUGCUGCUGGCUUGGUCGACCCACAGACGGAAGGCUAUUGGGAAGGCUUGGUGCAGGUUGUUCGGCCCGGAAGCGGUUUACGACAAGACGAACAGGAGGACUACUACGGCAAUCGCUUUGAGAAUGGAUAUCUGUACAGAUGA